AUUUCACGUCUGGAUUUUUGGUUCCUGAGCAAGAUCGUAAAGUCACCUCUCUCGUCGUUGUUCCUACUGCGAAGUUCAGAGCGCGCACGCUCCUCGUAAGCCAGUACAAGAUUCAAGUGCCAGGAGGCAAACAAUCGAACCCUUUUGAACCUCGAAUGCGUCUCGACCGCAUAACUUAGUCGUGAAGAGUAGUGCAGUAGCCCUAUAAAGGCGACUCGUUGGGCACUUAACCGCGCAAAACAACACGGCGUUUCAAUGUGGCGCCACCUUCUUGGAGUUUGUGGGGGAACACGAGGUCGCAAGAGCAAUUCACAGUCUUUAUCGUCACCGUCUCCUGUGAACGCUAGCAAGUCAACAGCCGAGCAUCGCGCAGUUGUUGACGUCUCCAGUAGAAUCUCCCCAGAUAGCAGCAGCGGCCAUAGCUGCUGUUAUCCUGGCGUUGCUAACACCAUCGACGCGAGCUCAUCCCUGCAUGGUUCAACUUGUGGCUCUUCUGUACAGCUACAUGUCUCCUUAAUGUCGUCGUGCGCUUCUCAAACCGCUGGCUACUACGACUCCACUCAAACAGCUUCAACAAGCCCUUGCAUGGCGAGAAAUUCUUCACCUGAGUGUCCGACUUCGCAUACAAACCAGUCACAACAACAGCCCCAGCCAGCUCCAGAACCUGAAGCUCAAGGCCCCAUGGCCGUUGCUGUAAUUACUCACCACGACAGUCCACUGUCAACAGCCCAGCCGGGCCCAUCACUCCACGCGAAUGCCCGCACGCAACCUCCCGACGGCCCAACGGACGGCCUCUUGCAAAUCGCUCUGAGCGCAUACAAUAUCCGUGAUAUCGCUGAGUGUGAUCCUGCCGUACGUAUGAGAAACCUCGAGCCGCUACUGUAUGGGCCCGGCACAGCCGUAUACAAAGGCACGUGGCAAGGGCUUCCCAUGGCAGUCAAGUUCAUGUUGUACCGCGGAGGUGCAGGUGGUGGCAGCCGCCUCGGUGCUCACGAUUGCAGCAGCAGCGGCGGGUGCGACGACGUGAGCUCCCUUCAACGCGAUCUCGCAGCCUUGCUGACCACCCACUGCAUGCCGCUUCGCUCCCACCUAGUCCGCGUGUACGCAUGCGACGUCUCGGCAGUCGUGCAGGCCGCACCACCACCACCACCACCACCACGCCCGUCCCAUCAUCCGCCCCCUCCGCCGCCGCAGCAAGACAUCUCUAACCCCGGCGAGGCUGGUUGGUCUCCUCCGUCGGCGUCUAAGGCUCAAGGCGCACGUGUCAACCCCACCAAGACGCCGAGCCCCUCUUGUGAAACACCUGCAGCGGCCCUCUCCGUGCGGCCCUGGCACCCGCAGCCGGCGCCGCCCCCGUCAUCCACCUCUCACUCCACCUCCUGCACCUGCUCCGGCUGCGACACCGGAUACAGCAACGGCAGUGACGACACCAACGGCACCAACAGUACCCACUGCAGCAACCACACGAGGGCCAGUACCAGCGUCGGGCACUGCAUGAGCCCGUGCUGCCGCUGCGCUGGCCCAUGCUGCACCCCCUCGACCUCCCCGUUCGCGGCUAGCUUACUUGACAACAGCGUGCAUGGGGGCACAUGCCAGCGGGCAGCGGGCGCCGCCAGGCGUGGGGGUGGUGGCAGUCGAGCUAGCGCCGGCGGCAACACUGGCGGUGGCACCGACGCCGCCGCGCAUUUCCACUUCAGCAGCGCUGUGUUUUGCGAAGAUGCUGGACCGCAGCACCCACAUUCACAUGCCAAGCAGCUAUUACCCCCGGCAUCUAACCCUGGCAGUAACUGCUGCAAAAGCAACCAGACGACCGACAAUGGUAUUACCAGCAAAAGCGACAGCAAUAGGGAUGGCAAUGAUGGUAACAGCGGCGACGCUGUGGGUUCAGCAUGUUUGGUUCCUGGUCGUACAUUGCAAGGGCUGCUGCGCUAUCUGGGAGCACGACCCGGGGACUUCCUCGUGCACUGCGUGAUGGAGCUGGCGUCCGGCGGGGACCUCUGGUACGGCAUCCGGAGCGUCCUGUACGACAUGAACGGACCCAUGGGUCCACGGGGUGCCGUACGAAUGAUCCUUCGCAGCGCGCGGGGCAUCGCCCAGGGGCUUCACCAACUGCACCAGGCGGGAGACGUGCACGGGGGCCUUACGCCUCGAAAUGUGUUGUUGAACUGGAAUGCAGCAGACGGACUGGAUGAAGGGGACGAGGAGCAGGAUAUGGGCCGGAGCGCGGGUGAGGCGGGUCGCGCCCGGUUGUACCGCAGGCGAUGCCGGGUCACUACGCGUGUGGCGGAUUGCGGGUUACGGCGGCUGGUGCUGGGGCCAGCGUGGCGACGGGAGCUGGAGGGGAAUGAGGAGCUCCGUCGUUGUACGGCACCCGAGCUGCUGGCGGAGGCCCCGGAGGCGGAGGUGACGGAGGCACAGGCGGCCGCGACUGGGGAGCAGGCGGCGGCGCUUGGUGGAAGGGCUGUAGCCGGAGGAGAAGUGCGGUGGUCACAUGGCAGUGAUAUUUACUCGUUUGGCGCCGUGCUGUACUGCAUGUGCACGGGUCGGCUCCCGCCCGACAGUCCGCACCCCCCGGCGACUCUCUCCUCCGCACCUCACCCGGCCCCCUGGCCCUCCCACGUCUGGCAGCCACUACGCAGCCUGGGCGAGGCCUGCAUGGCAGGUGACCCGGCGGGUCGGCCCUCCUCUGGAGAGGUGGUCAAGACGCUUCUCACUUGGGAGCAUCGGCUCCUGUUCUCCAGUCGUACACAACACCACGCGACAGCGGCAGCAGCGCCGGUCGGAGCAGCGGGGGCAGCAGCAGGGCAUGCGGUAGGCGCAGGGCGGGGUGCGCCGGGCGUCGCGGCGGCUGCGCUGGCUGUCGUUACUGGUCCUGGAUCUGCUUUUAGUAGUGGCAGUGCCGGGCGGAUGAGGGGCUUCCGGGCGGCGGGUGGGAUAUCUCGG